AUGAGCUCUUCGGAGGACGACACUCCCCUCAUGGCCAUCAAUGGCCGGGUCAACGGCACUUCCUCAAUGGCCAAUGCGAAGCACCCCGAGGUCAAAAGGGAGAGCAGUCAACUGGACCCUGGCGUUUCGAUCCGGUUUGGCCCUGUGCAAGACAAAGAUGUGGAGAUGAAGGACGCGGAGGGCGGCGCCAGCAAGCGCAAGGGCCGCACAAGCGUCAGCCACCGGAAGUCAUAUGCGGAAUCGGAAAGUAGUGAUGAAGACGAUCAGCCCUUGAGCAAGCGUCGACGCACCUCCAUGAAGCAUGAGGAUCCUGAAACGGAUGAAGACGUGCCUCUGGCACGGAACGGACGAAAGCUUCCGAAGGCUUCCGAAACAGCCAUUGGAGAGUCCUCCGACUCCGAUGUGCCGAUCGAGCGGAAGCUCGCGGCGCAGAAAAAGAAGAUUGAGGAGAAGGCUGCCCACAAACCAGCCCCGAAGAAGGAAACCAAGCCAACGCCAGCCACCAAGAAACAAGCCAACGGCGUUAAGAAGGAAACAGCUGUGAAGAAGGUGAAGGCUGAGUCGGUCUCUCCGCAAAAGCCCAAGGGCAAGGCCGUGAAGCGGGAGAGCGAGGAUGCGGAUGAGAAGGAAGAUGAAGAUGACGACGAGGAGUAUCGAUGGUGGCUGGACCCGACCAAGGGCGAUGGGACCAACAAAUGGACCACUCUGGAACACAACGGCGUUGUUUUCCCACCACCUUACGAGCCACUGCCAAAAAAUGUCAAGAUGAAGUAUGACGGGGUCCCGGUCACUCUUCACCCGGACGCCGAAGAGGUGGCUGGUUUCUUCGGCAGCAUGCUCAACUCGACCCACAACGUGGAGAAUCCUGUUUUCCAAAGGAACUUCUUCGGGGAUUUCAAGGACAUUCUCAAGAAAACCGGAGGUGCCAAGGACUCCAAGGGCAACAAGAUCGAGAUCAAGGAAUUUUCCAAGUGCGACUUCAAGCCCAUCUUUGAAUACUACGACACGCAGCGACAGGAGAAGAAGAAUCUGCCUCCGGCUGAGAAGAAACGCUUGAAGGCCGAGAAGGAUGAGGCUGAAGCCCCGUAUCAAUAUUGCAUCUGGGAUGGCCGCAAGCAGAAGGUGGGCAACUUCCGUGUUGAGCCUCCGUCGCUGUUCCGUGGACGAGGCGAGCAUCCCAAGACUGGCCGCGUCAAGACUCGGGUGCAACCCGAGCAGAUCACCAUCAACAUUGGCAAGGAGGCGCCCGUUCCCCCGCCUCCCGCUGGCCACCGCUGGAAAGAGGUGAAGCAUGACAGGGAAGGAACCUGGCUCGCCAUGUGGCAGGAAAACAUCAAUGGCAACUACAAAUAUGUCAUGUUGGCCGCCAAUUCCGACGUCAAGGGACAAAGCGACUUUAAGAAAUUCGAGAAGGCCCGCGAGUUGAAGAAGCAUAUCGCCAAGAUCCGCAAGGACUAUCAGAAGAAGUUGAAGGACGACAUGAUGGUGGAGCGCCAGAAGGCUACCGCAGUUUACCUCAUCGACCAGUUUGCUCUUCGUGCUGGAAAUGAAAAGGGCGAGGAUGAAGCGGAAACUGUUGGCUGCUGCUCGCUGAAGUACGAAAACAUCACUCUCAAGCCGCCAGCCACCGUCGUCUUUGAUUUCCUCGGUAAGGAUAGUAUCCGUUUCUACGAUGAGGUGGAGGUCGAUCCGCAGGUCUUCAAGAACUUGAAGAUCUUCAAGAAGGCGCCCAAGAAGGAGGGCGAUGAGGUCUUCGACCGGCUGACGACUUCUGCGCUCAACAAACACCUUCAGGGUUAUAUGUCUGGUCUGACUGCCAAGGUAUUCCGUACCUACAACGCAUCCUGGACCAUGGGCAACCUGCUCAAGGAGAUGAACGCCACUGGUUCUAUUCCAGAGAAGGUCAAGGCAUACAACGAUGCAAACCGUCGGGUUGCCAUUCUGUGCAACCAUAAGCGCACUGUCACUGCUGGUCAUGCCAAUCAGAUGGAGAAGCUGGGUGAACGGAUCAAGGGACUUCGCUAUCAGAAAUGGCGACUCAAGCAAAUGAUGCUUGAUCUGGAUCCCAGCUUGAAAAAGAAGAAGGGCGCAUCUUUCUUCGAGCUCGACGAGGACCUCGACAAAGAAUGGGUCAAAGAACACCAGGCCUUCCUGAUCGAGGAGCAGACCCAGAAGAUCACGAAGAAGUUCGAGAAGGACAAUGAGAAGCUGGCCGCUGAAGGACAGAAAGAGAUGAAGGCGACAGAGCUCGAGGAGCGUCUGAAAGUCGUCAAGGAGAUGGAGAAGAAAUUCAACAAGGAGAACAAGACCGGCAAGGUGGAGGCCGAGGGUAAGGGUCCGACUGUGGAGCGGCUGGAGAACAACAUCGCCAAGCUCGACCAACGCGUUGAGACCAUGUCUCUUCAGGCCCAGGACAAGGAAGACAACAAGGAAGUCGCACUGGGCACCUCGAAGAUCAACUACAUCGACCCGCGUCUCACCGUUGUCUUCAGCAAGAAGUUCAACGUGCCCAUCGAAAAAUUCUUCUCCAAGUCUUUGCGCGAGAAGUUCGAGUGGGCCAUCAAGUCUGUUGAGGAGGACUGGGAGUUCUAG